CUCCAAAUAUAAAACAAACCAAAUAAACACUUAGCAAAAAUUUGCCCUCACCCUCACUCACGCAACACACACCCUCAUCCUCACUCAACACACACGCGAAACAAGGAAGAAAUCGGAAAGGGGGAGAACGGAAAGAUGAAGAGAAGAGAAGAGAGGGAAGAAAGGAGAGGAUGAUGCCGGCUAGGGCUCCGCCGCCGUCGUUGUCGAGCGCCAGAGAGAGAGAAAACGUGAUGGAGGAGAGAAGAAGGGGGUGCUCCGUCGCGACUGCAGCUCCACCGCCACUGCUAGGGCUUGUUGCCAUCGCUGUUCUGCCACCGUCGGGCUGUUGUGCUGCCGCCAAGGAGCUUGAAGGGAUGUCUCGCCACCGUCGUGCUCUGUCGCCAAGCCGUUGCGUCGCCGCUCAUCUCUUCUUCACCGUCGCCGCCCAUCACUAUCGUUGUAUCCUCUGUCACCAGUUCGAAGGUGGGAAUGGUUUUGAUAGUGAUGAUGAACUACAAUGGCUAAUUGAAAUAGAGAAGGCUCCUCUUUAGGUGUUUGCAGUCACACGAUUUUGAUGUUAUUAGUGUCCUUUCUGCUAACAUGAUGAAU